GAGAAAAAAAACCACCAGGAUUUUUGAAGUGACAGAAAAAAGUGGGUCGUUUUCUCUUUCCCUCUUUUGCUUUCAAACUUUCGCUUUAAGAAGGCGCGCCUACGCUGCGGUGUGUUCAUCGCAGCCCUUAAAGUGGCACAUGGAAACCAGAGCUUAUCUGUGCAUGCAGGAACCGUGUGCGGAGAGCCUUCAGUGAGGCUGAUCCACGGAGCGCGUUUUGGUCCAAUCGUGGGUAAAUGCGGCAGCCCCUUGCAGUGCUGCGGGAAGUCAAGGUGGGAAAUAAGGAUCAGCAGAUUCCGACAGACGGACGGAGGGGUGUUGGGUUUGGGAUUAUAAAGGUGGUAUGAAAUAAUCAGCCGUCAGAAGAAGUGCUGUGCACUGAAGUGGCAUGGAGGCACCGCCGGGGACCAGCUGCUGUCAGCCCACCUUGGCCAACUGGGAGUGAACCAGUCACCAAACUGGUUGGGAUGGCAGCAUCCAGCACUUCAAGCCUCUCAGGUUCAUCGGUUUCCUCUGAUCCUGAUGACUAUCAGCCACCCAUAUGGAAGUCGUACUUGUACCAGCUCCAGCAGGAAGCUCCGAGACCAAAGAGGAUCACAUGUCCUCAGGAGAUGGAGAGCAGACCCAAGUACUAUGGCAGAGAAUUCCAUGGCAUGAUAUCUCGAGAAUAUGCAGAUGAGCUGCUGGCAGGUAAAGAGGGUGCUUACCUCAUCAGGGAGAGCCAAAGACAGCCUGGGACUCACACCUUGGCCUUAAGCUUUGGACACCAGACUCUGAAUUACAGACUCUUUUAUGAUGGGAAGCACUUUGUCGGUGAGAAGAGGUUUGAGUCCGUCCACGACUUGGUGACGGACGCCCUUAUAACUCUUUACAUCGAGACCAAGGCAGCAGAGUAUAUAGCCAAAAUGACCACCAACCCGAUCUAUGAGCAUCUCGGCUACACAUCACUGCUCAAAGACAAAAUGGUGCACAGACUGAGCCGCGGACGCACUGAGCCUCGCAGGGUUACCUUCCAGAGUGAUGAUAGGAUCUCCUCACCUGUGGUGCAACGGAAUGCAUUGAAAGACACGUCUGAGAAGCUGAGCUCCUAUGAAAAGAUUCACAACUUCAAGGUACAUACCUUCAGAGGGCCGCAUUGGUGUGAGUACUGCGCCAACUUCAUGUGGGGCCUCAUUGCCCAGGGUGUCCGUUGCUCAGAUUGUGGGCUGAAUGUACAUAAACAGUGCUCCAAAUUGGUGCCCAGCGACUGCCAGCCGGACCUGCGCAGGAUAAAGAAAGUGUACAGCUGUGACCUCACCACCCUUGUCAAAGCUCAUAACACCCCACGGCCAAUGGUGGUGGACAUUUGCAUUCGAGAGAUAGAGCUCAGAGGUAUGAAAUCUGAGGGUCUGUACAGAGUGUCUGGCUUCUCAGAGCACAUUGAGGAUGUCCGACUUGCUUUUGAUCGAGAUGGUGAGAAGGCGGAUAUCAGUGCCAGUGCCUAUGCAGACAUCAACAUAAUUGCUGGUGCUUUGAAGCUCUACUUGAGAGACCUCCCCAUUCCAGUCAUUACAUUUGACUUGUACUCCAAAUUUAUUCAAGCUGCAAAACUUCCAAAUGCCGAAUCCAGACUGGAGGCGAUCCAUGAUGUGUUACUGCAGCUUCCCCCAGCACACUAUGAAACCUUACGUUAUCUGAUGGCUCACCUCAAAAGGGUAACAACGUUCGAAAAGUACAACCUAAUGAACGCAGAGAACCUGGGGAUUGUCUUCGGCCCGACUCUCAUGCAGCCUCCGGAGCAGAAUGCUUUGACUACCCUUAAUGACAUGAGGCAGCAGAAACUGGUGGUGCAGCUCAUGAUCGAACAUGAAGAUGUUUUAUUUUGAAGGCCACGGCCUGCAGAGAUGGACACCAUGGACAAUAAUUUAUUCUGUCAAAAGGAAAGUCAAGCCAACUGUACUUAAGUGAAGACUCUGAAAUGUUUGCAAUCAACUGAACUUGAAACACUUUUUUUGUUGCAUGAUGGAUUUAGUUGGUUUUAUUGUUACUGUAAGUUUAAUGUUUGAAAAACUAAAGCAAGAGCAGCAUUUUUUACGUUAAGUAAUGGUUAUGUAAUUUUAUUUCAUUGCUUUCUUCCCUUUGUGUAUAAUUUGAAAACUGCUUCUACCUGGUGUAGACUCAGUCAGAAUGAAAGCACCAUGUUAUAUACAGCACCAACUGUACUUAGUGGCAACCCUGGUAAAGUCUUAAAAAAUAUCUUAGAACCAAAGGUUUUGAAAACUCAAACCUUUAUACAAGACAUUAGAAUCCCAUUGAAUUAUAGCCAUUUCUGCUGUAAAUACUCUUUACAACCCAAUUUAGACAUUAUAACAGCUCUUAUUCCUCCAAAUGUUUCCCGAGGUUGAAGCAUAUAGACGGAGGCAUAUUUUAUGUCGAUUGAGUCUUUUCUUUGUUAAUUUAUCCAAAUGUUUUGGAUCAGUAUCCUACUAAAACACCAAUUUACAACUUAUUUGGCAGAAUCCAUCAGAUAAGUGUUUAAAAUGCUUGUCACUACAAAUGAUUUGGUUUUUCAAAAAAAAAAAACAAAAAAAAAACUUUAGGUAAAUCUGGUUUUUAGACACGCUCUUUCUGUAGUAAAGGUAAAUAAAUGUACUUAUUUUGAUGCUAUUACUCCAACUAGGCUCUCAGGACCUUUGAAAAGGAGACAGGCCCACAGCAUCACAUUUCCUCCACCAUAUUUAACAGUUAAGUCAGUUGCUUACUAAAAGACGUCUUGAUUUCACCUCACCUACUCAACCAGUUACAGUCCUAAUGCAAUUUAAUAGGCUCCAUAUAGUUAGAUUUGUGGUAGCUGGGAAACAAUACUUCAUGCUCAGUGCCACCUUAACCAAAGGUUGGAUAGUAGGUAAUUGUCAUCCUUACAUGUCAGUGCUGCUCCAGUGGGAUUUGUCGUCUGUGUUUAACCCAUCCCUUUAGAAGCAGUGGGCUCUGCCGCUCAUUCAGGGGUUAAGUGUGUGGCUCAGUGGUUGUCAAACCGAGAAACAAGAUGGUAACAGAAAAUUGGAUCCAAAUCAUGCCUUUUUUGUCAGAUUUGUUGUUUUUUUUUAUUAAUAAAAAUUGUUUAGGACAAGAAAGUAAAAUAAACCAUUUUAAACUAAAAGAAGAUAGUGAAAUAAUAGGAUAGUUUGAACAAAUGUUCAGGUUCAUUAGGGGGCUUUUUAGCAUCUUAACCAGGAGGGUCAAAAGGUGUGAGGGGUACUCUGGGACCAGUUUGGAUUAAAUUGAUGAAAGAAGGCUCGGUGCUGUUUAAUCUGAGCAUUUUAGGUCAGACUAAUGUAUGCCCACAUCAUUUUAUUUAUUUUUUUCUGAGAGGGGGGCUGGAACACUGGAAUGAUAUGAUGUAGAUAAAUUAAAACUUAAUGUGUACUUAAAAAAAAGGAGAAACGAGAAAUUCAUGAGGCACUUUUAAUGCGUCAAUUGUAAAGAUUUAUUUUGUAAACAUGUCCAUGCUCUGUGUGUUUCUCCCAGUUUAAUAUAAGAGCUUGGAAAUGCUUGUUUAUGUUCCUGCAGGAGUUGAGUCAGAACAGAAAUAAGUUACUUGGAUCCAUCAUUACUGUGUGGAUUUUUAUUUUAUUUUUUUUUUAGCAAUUAUCUGAUAAAAACAUGUUUCUAUGUUGUCUUGACGGCUGCAACCCAUCAGUCCAACUCUUUUGUGCACUUUGUGGUUGGCAGUGUUGCAGAAUUUGAAUACUGAGACUAUGAUUGGGGAUAUGUUUAAGUAAAUGUUUUUUUUUCUGUCUCAAGCCAGUAAUGUUGCUCGAUGAUCAUCAUCACAGCAGAAGGGCCCGAAGAGGCGCCUGUGCCAAGCAUGUUCCUUUCUAACAUUGUUUAAUGUGAUUAUUGAAUCCUUUCUAUAGAUCCAUUUUAUCAAAAUGUAUUUUUGUGACAGUCGCAAUUCAAAUGUAAUUUAUGAAAUGUUUUAUUAAAGAAUGUACAACU